AGCACGUGACAGCUGAGUGAACGAUACGGUGGCCGGGUGGAGAAAAGUUAUUCUCUCUCCUUUCAAAGGGGACCAGAGGUUUCGUUGACGGGUUGUGGUUGUGCAACUGUGAAACGAGACAAGUUUGAAUUUAGCCACAAACAAACCGUCUCGAUUGAUACGAUUUUAUCACUGCCGACGACGAAACACUAAAUGGAUACGGACAAUAACACGGAAGCUCUCUCGAAGAGCUCUGUCAAGUAUUUCACGCUCGAAGAGAUCAAACAGCACAACAUGAGUAAGGAUACCUGGAUCAUUAUUCACGACAAAGUGUACAAUAUCACAAGCUUCCUGGAAGAGCAUCCAGGAGGUGAGGAGGUGCUGUUGGAACAGGCGGGAACGGAUGCCACGGAGAGCUUUGAAGAUGUUGGUCACUCCAAAGAUGCCAGGGAGAUGCUUCAGCAGUAUUUCAUCGGGGAACUUCACAUGAAUGAUCGCAAAAAGGAAGCUGGAAAGGAUAUUUUCAUUACAACAACAGGCAAGACCAGUUCUUGGACCACCUGGGUAAUUCCUAUCUUGGCAGCAGCAGUAGUUGGUGUGAUGUACCGGUACUACGUGCUAGAACAGAAGUCCUCAUGAACCACCUGGAACCAGCACAGCAUUGAUGUCAUCUCUCUCUGUCCCCGGAGGCCUUGAUGUGAUGGUCUGUUGGAUCACUUACCACACUGACUGCCCUUAACGAUCCAGAGGUGCACCCUAACUCCCACACUGCAUUAUUAAACCAGUUUGGAGCAGAAGGAGUAGGUGUGGUCUCAAGCAUAGCUGUACCAUCCACCUGCAACCCAAAGCCCACCAGAGAUGGGGGGGAGAUGCACAGGAAAUCAGCAUAUAUUUUGUAUAAUUUCAUUUCCAUUCUCAGACCCCCCCCCCCC